AUGUAUGUUGGAUACCUUUUGGAUAAAGGCGAAGGAAACAUGUAUCACCAUCAAGGACCUGUACGGCGAUCUGGUAUCAACCUUCCACCACAGAAUUUCGUCUCCACGCCACAGUACUCUGAUUUUGGUGGAUACCAUCAUAUGGCCAGCGUGGACACACACUCUCAGGCCUCAGGACCGUGGGCCGCUCCAUACGGCGGUCCGAGGGAGGACUGGGGCGCCUACAGCCUGCCGCCUCCCAACACCAUAGCAACCCCCAUGAGCAACUCAUCACCGGGACAAGUCUCCUAUUGCUCGCCUGAUUACAACUCUAUGCAUAACCCAGGGUCGGCUGUGUUGCCGCCGCCGCCCGAUAACAUUUCCGUGGCUCAAAUGUCCCCGGAUAAAGAACGGCGCAACUCUUAUCAGUGGAUGAGCAAAACAGUCCAGUCCUCUUCUACCGGAAAAACGAGAACAAAGGAGAAAUAUCGAGUGGUUUACACAGAUCACCAACGACUGGAGCUGGAGAAGGAGUUUCACUUUAAUCGUUAUAUUACCAUUAGAAGAAAAUCGGAGCUGGCGGUGAAUCUGGGCCUCUCAGAGAGACAGGUUAAAAUCUGGUUUCAGAACCGUCGUGCCAAGGAGAGGAAGCUGAUCAAGAAGAAGCUGGGUCAGUCAGACGGCAGCAGCGGUUCUGUGCACAGUGACCCGGGUUCGGUGAGCCCGCUGCCCGUCCCCGGUUCGCUCAGUCCCUCGGAUGUGCACAGCUCCGUUUACCCGCCUCCAGGAUUGAACACCUUACCGUCUAUAAGAAACAUUCAGCAAGUUACGGUCACCCAAUAA